AAAUAAUUCAGCCUAAAACUUACCCUUCUCCUCAAAGCCACUGAAAGUUCGAAACCGUCAAUCAAUGGCGGACUGCAUCUCCGAGCACCUCAAAUCGCAACCGCCAUGGCUUCUCCUCGUCGAAUCCAUCGGUUUCCUCUCCCUCUUCAACCUCACACUCUCCACUCUCAACUGGAUCUACCUCAAUUUCCUGCGACCGCGGAAGGAUCUGAAAAAACGCUACGGCGCCUGGGCUUUAGUCACCGGACCGACCGACGGAAUCGGAAAAUCCUUCGCAAUCCAGCUCGCAAACGACGGUCUCAACCUUGUUCUCGUCGGUCGCAAUCCGGAGAAGCUCAGACAGGUAUCCGAUUCGAUUUUAUCCGGAUUCGGGUCGGGUAGGGUCCAGAUUAAGACCGUGGUGGUGGACUUCGCCGCCGGCGACUUAUCCGGAGGCGUUUCGAGGAUUAAGGAGGCUAUUCAAGGACUGGACGUCGGAGUGCUGAUUAAUAACGUCGGAAUUUCGUAUCCUUACGCGAGAUUCUUCCACGAAGUGGAUGAGAAGCUUUUGGGCGAUUUAAUUAGGGUUAAUGUGGAGGCGACGACCAUGGUUACACAGGCUGUUUUGGCUGGAAUGUUGGAGAGGAAACGAGGAGCUAUUGUGAACAUCGGGUCGGGUUCCGCCAUUGUUAUCCCCUCGGAUCCUCUCUACUCUGUUUACGCUGCUUCGAAAGCAUUCGUCGACCAAUUUUCGAGAUGUCUGUAUGUUGAAUACAAGAAGAGCGGAAUUGAUGUGCAGUGUCAGGUACCUUUAUAUGUUGCAACAAAGAUGGCCUCCGUUAGAACGUCUUCCUUGUUAGUUCCAUCGACGGAUGGCUACGCUCGCGCCGCUGUCCGUUGGAUCGGAUACGAGCCUCGCUGCACGCCGUAUUGGCCUCACUCACUUCUAUGGGCUCUCUUGCACUUGAUGCCGGAGUCGAUUGUCGAUUCUUGGCGUCUCAACUUCUGCCUGAAAAUUAGAAAAAAGGGACUCAUGAAAGACACUGCCAAGAAGCAAGAAUAGAAUUUCUAUUAGAUUCUAUUAGGUUUGACCGAAGGUCUACUCAGUGCGUACUUUCGGUUAUAUAAAAAAAAAAAAAAAAUCUCUAUAUGUAUGGCCUAUGAUUCUUGUUUCAAAAAUUCAACACGCCCCUGUGUUGCUCUA